AUGCUUUACGAGGUCCCAGGAGCCGAAUCGGAGCAGAAGGCCGAUGCCCUAGCCGCCAGGCUGAGGGAAUGUUUCGCGACCGAGGACGUCAUUGUGUCCCGGCCUACAAAGUGCUCGGAGCUGCGUAUCUCGGGGCUGGACUUCGCGGCCACCUCAGAGACGGUCCAGGCCCUCUGCAAUGCCGGAGAGUGCGCUGCGGAGUCAAUUAAAGUGGGGCAGAUUCGACCAGACAGGUCGGGCAUGGGAGCCGUCUGGGCCAAAGUGCCCACUAGGGCGGCGAAGAAAAUAAAGGCGGCCCGCGUGAAAAUAGGAUGGGUCGUAGCCAGGGUGACCGUGCUCGAGGCGCGCCCUAUGCGGUGUUACCGCUGCCUCGAGCAGGGUCACGUUAGGAACGCGUGCGACUGUUCCCACAGACCACAGCGGACUAUGCUAUCGCUGCGGAAAGCCGGGACACAAGGCCCGGGAGUGCCAAGAGACGCCGAACUGCACCCUGUGUGCCGCUAA